GCCAGGAUUCUUUCCUUCUUCCUUGGCCUCAGAAGAAAAGGUUCCAGAAAGGAGGGAAGAAUAUGAUGAGGACCCACACCCUCGUUUUACUUUUGGCCAUCAUUGGUUGCGUUCUGAAAGGUACGUUAGGCCACAAGAAUCACGUCGUUGGGAGCAGCUUGGGGUGGACUGUUCCCCCUAACAAGACCUUCUACCAGGAUUGGGCUCAGAAAAAGCUUUUUGCUGUGGGAGAGAGACUUGUGUUUCCUUACAAGGUAGGGGUGCAUAACGUGAUAGAGGUACCAAAGGAGGACUUCGAAAACUGCACGCAAUUCAAAGUCAUCGAAAGGCACCAUGAAGGACCACUGAUCCUAGAGUUGACAAAGCCUGGUCCUCACUAUUACUACUGUGGGGUUGGGCUGCACUGUGAGCUUGGGCAAAAGCUCGCUAUCAAUGUCUCUGCCGAAGCUCCUGCGGCCGUAAAUAUUUUCACCCAAAGCCCUGCUCAAGCUCCAAGCCAAUCAUCUGCUAAUAUCGUUCCCUUGGCUGCUCCACUUGCGGCUCUCCUCAUGUACGUGUUGCAUUAUCUCUUCAUGUGAGAUGAAAGGUGGCCAUGCUAAUUUUGCCAUUGGAGAAGAUUGAUGGGGGAGAAUACAUUGUUUAACUUUGCAAUAAGAUAUGUAAAAGGGACUUCAUCUACUUGUUUAUUGGUAAACAUAAGUAUCAUGUGAUUGAAAGGAAACAUAGAAGCUGCUCCAUUUAAUUUGUAGCCAUUAGGAAGCAGGUCAUUGAACAAAUUUGCGACGCUCGUUAUGUUUUUAGAAUUAUAGGUAUUUUUAUGAAAAAAAAAGAAGAUGAUCUAUGGGGAGGUGAAUUGCUUGCUUAGCUCAAUGAUUAGCAACUUGCCUUCUGCUGAUUUGAGAUUUGUAAACGGAGAGGAGAGACUUCCCCCCUCACCAAAACACCCUAGCUCCCUGUGUAUUUCGAUCUCGAUUUAAAGUAUAUACGUUGCACCACAUGUAA